ACACCCUUCCUAUUUCCAAUCCCGAUCGAGAAUCGCAAUUUCCAGACAUUAUCACACCCUCCAAACGCGUCUUCUUUCUCCAACAGUAUCUCAUCUCCUGAUUCCAGCAACCGAUCUCUCUUUCCCUGUGAUGGACGGCGAGAAUGGACGUGGGCCGGCGGAGGUGGCCCAGGAGCUGAUCGACACUGUCAAUGAGAUCUCGGCCAUUUCCGACUUCAGGAACGCAUAUAAGAAGCAGUUCUGCAAUCUGGCCAGGCGAUUGAAGCUUCUGGGCCCCAUGUUUGAAGAGAUCAAGGAGAGCAAAGAGCCCGUCUCCGAUGACACGCUCCGAGCCCUCGUCUCCCUCAAGGAGGCGCUCGUUAGCGCGAAAGAGCUGCUCAGAUUCGGAUGCGAUGGGAGCAAGAUCUGCCUGGUCCUAGAAAGUGGGCAAAUAAUGAACAAAUUUCAGGAAGUGACAGCUCAAUUGGAGCAAGCUUUGAGUGGAAUUUUCUAUGAUAAGCUUGACAUAUCAGAUGAAGUCAGAGAACAGGUUGAGCUGGUGCAUGCUCAGUUAAAAAGAGCCAAAGGGCGGGUCGAUGUGCCCGAUGUUGAGUUAUAUGAGGAUCUGUCAUCCACUUACAAUAACAGCAGUGAUGCAGAUACAGAUCCUUCUGUGUUAAGGAGAUUGGCAGAGAAGUUACAGCUCAUGAGCCUAUCUGACCUCAAGCAAGAGUCCCUAGCUUUGCAUGAGAUGGUGGCAGCAAGUGGUGGAGAUCCUGGGGAGAACAUAGAAAAGAUGUCUAUGUUGCUGAAGAAGAUCAAGGAUUUUGUGCAGACGGAGAACCCUAACAUGGGUGGUCCUGCGAGUGACACCACUGGGGGAGCUCCUGCUGAUGGGAGUGCCAAAUCUCCUGUCAUACCAGAUGAUUUCCGCUGCCCAAUAUCCCUGGAGUUGAUGAAAGAUCCAGUCAUUGUUUCCACAGGACAGACAUAUGAACGAUCCUGCAUUGAGAAGUGGCUUGAAGCUGGGCAUACCACAUGCCCCAAGACGCAACAGACGCUUAGCGGCACGGCCCUCACGCCCAACUAUGUCCUGCGCAGUGUCAUUGCCCAGUGGUGUGAGGCCAAUGGCAUGGAGCCACCCAAGCGUCCGGGCAACUCCUCCAGACCCACUAAGCCCCCAUCGGUCUGCACUCCUGCUGAACGUGCCAAGAUAGACAUCCUCAUCCGCAAGCUCGCAUCUGGCAACCUUGAAGACCAGCGUUCUGCUGCAGGCGAGCUCCGCCUUCUUGCCAAGCGCAAUGCUGACAACCGUGUCUGCAUUGCCGAGGCAGGUGCAAUCCCCCUCCUUGUCGGCCUUCUCUCCAGACCCGAUCCACGUACUCAGGAGCAUGCUGUCACCGCACUCCUUAACCUUUCAAUCUGUGAGGAGAACAAGGGGAGCAUCAUUUCAUCUGGCGCUGUGCCAGGUGUGGUUCAUGUGCUAAAAAAGGGAAGCAUGGAGGCACGAGAGAAUGCAGCAGCCACGCUCUUCAGCCUUUCUGUGGUGGAUGAGAACAAGGUGACUAUCGGUGCAUCAGGGGCGAUCCCUGCACUCGUGGCGCUGUUGAGCGAGGGGAGUCAGCGUGGGAAGAAGGAUGCAGCGACGGCUCUCUUCAACCUGUGCAUAUACCAAGGCAACAAGGGGAGGGCAGUAAGGGCUGGCGUGGUGGCUACGUUGAUGAAACUGCUGACAGAGUCUGGUGGGGGAAUGGUGGAUGAGGCGUUGGCCAUACUAGCGAUACUAGCGAGCCACCCUGAGGGGAAGGCGGCAAUUGGGGCUGCAGAAGCAGUGCCGGUGCUGGUGGAGGUGAUCAGGAGCGGGUCCCCCAGGAACAGAGAAAAUGCAGCUGCAGUGCUUGUACACCUGUGCAGCGGAGACCAACACCAUCUAGUAGCGGCACAGGAGCUUGGGGUGAUGGUCCCGCUGUUAGACAUGGCACAAAACGGCACUGAUAGGGGAAAGAGGAAGGCAUCCCAACUAAUUGAGCGAAUAAGCAGAUUCAUCGAGCAGCAAAAGCAGGCGCAGGAGGAAGCUGAGGCUCAGGCUCAGGUUCAGGUUCAGGUUCAGGCUGCUCAGGCUGAAGCGCAGACAUCACAGCUGGCUUUGGCAGCUGAUACUGAUAAAUGAGGGAAGGCUUUUGUUUUUGGUUUUCUUCUUGCGGGUUGAGAAGUGGGAAGAGGGUGUUGUUUGAUUAAAAAUGGGAGGUGGAAGAUCACUUCCCUAUCUGUAAGUUAUUCCAUUUGUUGUGUGGGUUGCAAAAACUAUGUGGAUUUGGGUGAAAAUUACACAUCCAUCCCCAACGAGAUAUGAAGAAAGACGCCUCAAAUGCUGGUAA